UACUAUUCAUCACUUUAUGCAACUAUAUAUACCACCCUAACUUUGAUCACUUCUUCAUCUCACUCACUACCACUCUUAAUUUCUCUUCUUAUUUUUCAUUCACACACCCUUCACCUUUUAUUCAAUUCCUCUCACCUUUCCAAAUGGCCAGUGUUGAGGUUGCACACCAAGCACCACCAACAACAGUGCAAGAAAAUGAAACAACGCCUGAGAUAAUCAAGACAGCGGAAACAACUCCAGAACAACCAGCCACUGAAGUUCCUGCUACAGAACAACCAGAAUCCGAAGUUCCUGCCACUGAAGUACCAACAGCAGAAACAACCGAAGAACCAACAGAAACACCUGCAGCAGAACAAACUGUAGAUGCUCCAGAAACCCAAGAUCCACUUGAAGUUGAAAACAAGGAAGUGGUAACAGAGGAAGCAAAGGAAGAGAACUCGGAAGCACCUAAGGAAACUGAGGAAUCGGCUGAAGAAGUGAAGGAAGAGGUGGAAGCAGUAGUGGAGGAGCCAGUAGCAACUACUGAAAAUGAGUCAGCAGCCCCACCAGCAGCAACUGCAGAGGAUGUGAUUGAGAACAAACCAGUUGAAUCAGUGGAAGCUCCAGCAGCAGAGGAAGUUCCAGCUGAGAAUCCCGAAGCUUAAACCAAUGGAAGCGGUGCGAAUGGAACUGGUAAAAAAAGGAAGUUUAAAUUAAUGGUUCUAGUUGUUGGGAUCGGGUCUACCAUUUUGCAUGUCAUCAAGGUUGAAAAGCUUUUCUAUUAAUUAUUUCUUUAGUUUCCUUUCCUUUAUUAAAGUUUAUUAUUGUUAUUAUGGUAAGGCUUUUGGAUAUGGUUAUUUGUAUGGCACUUGGCUCCACAUCUGCAUAUAUAUAUACAUGCUGAGUGGUGGACAUGUGAAACUCUAUUCCAUGAGUCGUGUAUUGAAGUGAUAAGGGGCUAUAGUUCUUAAGAAGGUUUGUCAUGGUGUGUUACUGUGUUUCUCUCUAGAUUUGAAUAAAUAAUAUUUAUUUUA